AUGUCCUCUCCUGCACAGCGAAACCGUCAUCGUAAACGAAUAUCGGCGCUGCGCCUCUCUUCAGACACCACGGUCUCUACUCUGCCAGCCUAUACAUCCCCUCCCUGGUUCAAAUCCUCUGUACUUUCCGCAGAGACCGAGAUCUCAGACAGGCCCCCAGAUUACCCUGAUAGCGCAGAAGAGGCUGAUGCGGACACUGACUCCGACGAGUCUCACAUCGCAUACUUCUCGCCGCCUCCUCCUUUACCAGUCUCCCCCCGUCGCGCGCGCAACUCCCACUCUCGUACGUUCAGGCGUCAGCAGAGCUCUUCAAGCGAGCCUUAUCUCGACUCGUUAUUGGCUCGGAGUGUUCAUGCGUUGGAAAUGUCAAAUGCGCUUCUCCAGUCCUCCAUGUCCACGCAGAGCAGCCUCUCCGCGGUUCUAGCAUCUGACUCUAUGGCUGAUCGCUCACUGGAGGCCCGUGCCCAGAUGUUGUCCACAAGAAUUACCGGCAACAGAGACAUGCAGGAGAACUGGUUGGACGACCUGGAUGAGAUAUCACAGAAUGUUCAAAACCUUGUGGGAGAGGUCCAAAUGCAGAAACAAGAUGAAAGCGCUGGCGCUGGUGCUCUACCACCCGAAGACGAUUGUGUUAGCAGGAGUCUCCCAACAUCUGGAUUCGCUGAGCGGGUCCAACGGCGAUCACAUAUGCGCAGGCCUUCAUUGGAUUUACGCAACUCAGGCAAUGCACAAUUGCAAUAUUCUAACCACGAUCGGAGUCAUUUCAUCGCGUCGGCCCCGCGGGCUCUGACUGUGUACAUAGAUUCUACUGACAGCCCUGACUUGAUCACUCUGCCCUCAACCCUGGGGUUACGUUCCACAUCGCAAUUGCCGCCAACCCCGUUGCCGCCGAUGACUCCCCCAGAUUCCGGCUCGGGAGUGCAAGCGGCAUCUGAAGGCCAAACUAGACGUAUUGUAAACGUACUAUCAUCAUACGUACGUCGUCCUUCUCCACCUCCGCCUCCGUCUACCUCUGUCUCCACCUCGUCUCCCUCUCGACUUGCCUCCAUUAUGUCGAUACGCAGCGGUCGGAGCUCUAGUUCGAGCUCACGAACGAUUCCCGCCAUGAGACCUUCGAAAUCACCCGUUAAACCACCGGUCAACUCUUCGCCCGUGUCAACUCUUCGUUCGCGGUCGCUUACGCCAAUGCGGACAUCCUCUCCUCCUCAACCACCUCGCCCAAUGACCCCUCCUAUCGAAGAACUGUCGGCAUCAUCUGAGUCAUCGUCAUCGGAUACGCUCAAUGUUGAUCGUACGGUUCAGUCAUUGCGCAGUAUUCUUGACCGUCAACAGUCGUCUGCUGCGGGCUCUCCUACCGCAUCCCGGAAUAGUACCCUCGCUCCACCCCCGCGGCCGUCAUUUCUCUCUCCACCUUCGGUAGCGCCUGUGUCGAGCACCUCUACGGCUACCGCAUCCGUAUCCCGUCUAUUUACAAAAAGUCGCCAUUCAUCCUCAACUCGCCCUCCCUCACCGCCGCGGCAAUCUUCCCUCAAAAAUCGCUCUGCUCCGCCAACACCCGUUCUCACUUCUCCACCACCGACACCUACACUUCUCGGGUUACCCGACACGCUCAGAAUCUCAUCAAUUGUCAAUGGGAGUGUCCACAGCGCGACGUCAUCUGGGCGCUCGACGCCCAAGCGUAUCUCUUUUGCAGAACUGCCCGAAUCAUAUGCGGGUUCGCGACCAGAAGGCGCGCCGUCUAAGCUGCGCGACAAGGUCCGCAGCAAAAGUAAAAGGCGCGGAAAGCGUGCAGAUGGGAGGAAGAGCGACGGAAGCGACAAAGAUGAAGGUAACGCGUGGUGGAUGGGCUGGUUGCUUGGUGCGGCGGGGACGGGGAGUGGGUCUGGCUUGAGUUUAGGCGCGACGAGGGAAGAACGAGUACCUCGCAGUCCGAACUGGAACUCUCGCCCAGGGUACGGGAGCGCUCUAGAUGAUUGGGGGGCGUAG